CCCAAACCAAAACAUCGUAUUUUGAGGUUAUAAAUUCAUCGAACAAGAAAAUAAUGACGAAAAUACGAUAAAAUAAAUGAAAUAACAAGGUGCCAGGUUGAACCGACAUGAACAUAUCGAUGAACUUACUGUCUCGUUUGUGUCGCCCUUUAGUGUACCUUAAUAAAUCGCAAUUGGAGAGUAUUUGUUCAAGUGUUCGACAGCAGUCACUCAAAUCGAGCGAAAAAAUUUGUAAACGUGACAUUUCCGUACAGUCCAUACUUGCGUCAGCAUCAUCAUCACCGCCACCAGAAACUGAGAAAGUUGUGUGGGGCAGUAAGAAAGCUCAUCGUAAAAUUACAUUAAAUUUUCCAAUUAUGACCACCCCGGAAAACGAAAUCAUUCUGGAGCCAUUGAGACUUGCCGUUAAGGAGCAGGGAGAUUUGGUGCGACAAUUGAAAGACGAUAAGGCCAACGAAUUGGAUGUUAAGGUUGCUGUUGCUGAAUUAAAACGGCGAAAGAAAACCUUGCAGGACAGGGAAUUGCAAUUACUACCAGCUGCCGCCACAUUCGAUCGAGCUGUAUUGGAAGAUGUGCUGAAACGUCGGUUCUUCUACGAUCAAAGUUUUGCUAUCUAUGGCGGCAUCACCGGCCAGUAUGAUUUCGGUCCGAUGGGUUGUGCGUUGAAGUCGAAUAUAUUGAGUGCAUGGCGGCAAUUCUUUGUGUUGGAAGAGCAAAUGCUCGAAGUGGAUUGUUCGAUAUUGACGCCAGAGCCGGUACUCAAGGCAUCCGGACAUGUUGAUCGAUUCGCUGAUUAUAUGGUCAAAGAUACCAAAACUGGUGAAUGUUUUCGCUUGGAUCAUUUGCUGAAAAACUAUUGGGAGAAAGCGAUGAAAGCGGCAACGGAUGAGGCGGUUAAGACUCGCUACAAUUUAUAUUUGAGCACGUUGGAUGGCAUGUCGAAGGACGAAAUGCAUCAGAAAAUGCGGGAAGAAAACGUAACCAGUCCGAUUACGGGCAACACUCUCUCUGAUCCCGUCGAAUUCAAUUUGAUGUUCUCUACACAAAUCGGUCCCACUGGUUUGGUCAAAGGAUUCUUGCGACCGGAAACGGCUCAAGGAAUUUUCGUUAACUUUAAGCGUCUGUUAGAGUUCAACCAAGGAAAGUUGCCUUUUGCAGCCGCUCAGAUUGGCAACUCUUUCCGCAACGAAAUAUCUCCACGUUCCGGAUUACUAAGAGUUCGUGAAUUCACCAUGGCCGAAAUCGAGCAUUUCUGCGAUCCGAACGAAAAAGAUCACCCGAAAUUCGCCGACAAUCGACACAUCAAAAUGACUUUAUAUUCCGCUUGCAAUCAAAUGGAAGGAAAAAGUGCCCAAGAGAUAGCGAUUGGUGAUGCCGUUGACCAGAAAUUGGUAGCCAACGAAACUCUUGGAUAUUUCAUGUCGCGAAUUCAGAUGUUUUUGCACAAAAUUGGCAUUCUGCCGGAUCGGUUGCGCUUCCGCCAGCACAUGAACACCGAAAUGGCUCAUUACGCUUGCGACUGUUGGGAUGCUGAAAUUUUGACCAGCUACGGUUGGGUGGAAUGUGUCGGUUGUGCUGACCGCUCAGCAUACGAUUUGACACAGCAUACGAAUGCUACCGGCGUUAAAUUGGUGGCCGAAAAACCGUUAAAAGAACCGAAAUCGGUGGAGGUUACCGAAGCCGUUCCGAAUCGAGCGGCCAUCGGAAAGCAAUUCAAAGCCGAUGCAAAGACAAUCGUCGAAAAAUUGAGCAAACUCAGCAUAUCGGAAUUGAGCGAUUUGAAGGGAGCUGUCGACAAUUCGACUGAGUUCAAAUUAGGAGAUAUCGCAUUGACCAAGGACCAUGUGAAUGUGAAAACUUACAUGAAAACCGUCCAUGUGGAUGAGAUCAUUCCCAGCGUAAUCGAACCAUCGUUUGGCAUUGGCCGGAUUAUGUAUUCGUUGCUGGAACAUCGUUUCGUUGAGCGUGAAGGCUCUGAACGACGGUGCUAUUUCUCGUUACCGCCAGUUGUUGCUCCAAUCAAAUGCUCCGUUUUGCCGCUAAGCAAUGACAACAGUUUCGAUCCAUUCAUAAAGACCAUCGGUGCUGCUCUGACCAACAACGAUGUUCCCCACAAAGUGGACAAUUCCAGCGGAUCGAUUGGAAAGAGGUACGCUAGAACGGAUGAAAUUGGCAUACCAUUUGGCAUCACAAUCGAUUUCGAUUCGAUCAAAGAACCGAAUACGGUGACGCUGCGCGAACGUGAUACCAUGCAACAAGUACGGAUUCCGGUCAACGAAAUUGCUGAGGUCGUUCGAAAUUUAUCGUUUGGUAAAGUUAUUUGGUCCGAAGUUGAGUCGAAAUAUCCACGAUUCGAGCAGCAGACCAACACAAAGUAAACGAUCGAAUGGCUAUUGAACUCACUACCUAUAUACUGCAACAUUGAACCCAGUUACUUUUGCAUAAUUUAUUAAUGUUUUCUAAAAUGCCACUUAAAGCUUACAAAUCAGACCAGAGAGCUAUGAGAGAUAGAGAGGGAGAAGUUUUUUUUGCAUUUAAUAAAAGACCACGAAAAA